AAAGCCAAGCGACAUCAGAUAGCUGUUGCUUGCAAUGCUUGUCGCCGCAGAAAGACAAAGUGCGACGGCCAUCGUCCAGUCUGCACCGUCUGCGUGUCCAAGAAUUCCGAAUGUACCUGGUCAGCGGAUCCGGAUGCCACGCCCAUGGUCGCCAUCAAGCGCAAAUACCAAAAUCUCGAACUCGAGUCGCGCGAUUCUCACGACUUGAUUAGCAUGCUGAUGAACCGCUCACGUCAAGAAGCCAUCUCCAUCCUCGACCACAUGCGCAGAACUCGAGAUGCAUCGUCUACGCUUGCUUUCAUCAAGGACGGAGACCUACUC